CAGUCUUACAUUAACGCAACAUGAGAUUUCUCAGUACACACACAUAUAUAUUCCUUAAAAACCUCAAUCUCUCUCACUCAACAAAGAAAAUAACUUUGCCAAGAGAUGGCAACAACAACAACCUCUGAUCUUCUCUUAAUCUUCAUUUUCAUCUCCUGCAGUCUGUCCUCUCUUCCUAUUGCUUCACCUUCCUCCUCCACAGACGACUUCGUCUUUGGAGGCUGCACUCAACAGAGAUAUGCACCAGGCUCACCUUACGAGUCCAACAUCAACUCUCUUCUCACUUCUCUUGUCAACUCAGCCACCUACUCCUCUUACAACAACUAUACCAUCAUGGGCUCCACCCCACAAGACGUCGUCUACGGCCUUUUCCAGUGUCGCGGUGACCUUUCCAUGCCAGAUUGCGCCACCUGUGUCGCUCGUGCAGUGAGUCAACUCGGUUCUUUGUGUUCUCAGACAUGCGGUGGAGCAGUGCAGCUUCAAGGUUGUUAUGUUAAGUACGAUAAUACUACGUUUUUGGGAGUGGAGGAUAAGACUGUGGUCUUGAAGAAAUGUGGGCCGUCCAUUGGGUACGAUACGGAUGCUAUGAGUGUUAGGGAUGCAGUGAUGGCGGGCCUUGCUCGGGCUGGUGGGCCAUAUCGAGUUGGUGGAUCGGGCGAGGUCCAGGGUGUGGCUCAAUGUGUUGGGGAUUUGGGUUUUGGACAGUGUCAGGAUUGCGUGUCGGAGGCUAUCAGCCGGCUGAAAAAUGAUUGCGGCACUGCAAUUUACGGUGAUAUGUUCUUGGCUAAGUGCUAUGCUAGGUACUCCACCGGUGGUGCACAUGCUUAUACCAAGACUCACAAUGAUAAAUCAAUCAAUGAAGGGGAGAAGACAUUUGCGAUUAUUAUUGGACUGUUAGCCGGAGUCGCUUUAAUUAUUAUUUUCCUCACAUUCAUAAGAAAGGUGUUUGUAAAUGGUAAAUGAAAUGCAACUUUAUCGAAGACACCGACUCAGUAUUGGUUCACCUGCUCACAAAGUGAUCUGCUUUGGGGAUACUUUGCUUCUUUUUUCUUUUUUUAAUUCAUGAUGUUAGCUUUCUCCUCUCUGAUUUAUUGUUUUUUCCCCUUUUAAUUUGCUCCUGAAAAGAAAGAUAUGGAAAGAUGUCGCUUAGGCC